AUCUUCCUUCUUUACACCACCCUCCGCGGUGCUCCCAUUGAACUUGUCGGUCCUGACGGCUUUCGCGGCUUAGGGCAUAUUGAUUCGCGCCAGGAUACACUCACAAUUGACAUCACGCUCAGACGCCCCCUGGCCGAAGAUGCCCUCACUGAGAAGCAGAGUUCGAAGGGACAACCCCAGUCUGGAAAGAAGGGGAGGAGGCUGGAGGAGGAGGAGAUUGUGAAGACGUUCACCCUCGCGCAGGACAAAACCGCGCUCAGGAGUCGAAGUGGAGACACGGGAAGCGUGUUAUGGCGCGCGAGUGUUGAGCUUGCGCGAGUCAUCCUCCAACAGAAUGCCUUCCUAUCCACGAACUCGCUUCCUCUAUUCAAUGGAGCCACGUUAGCAAAUACUCAUGUUCUCGAACUCGGGUGCGUUCCUACAGGCACAGGCCUCCUCGGCGCAGCCCUCUCCCCGCUUGUGCGCACGUACACGCUCACAGACGUCUCCGCGCUCCUCCCGCUGCUCCGGAAGAAUGUGGCACUCAAUCUCGCAUCAACUACCUCAGACCCGGAUUCAGCUUCACGUUCAUCUCUGAACAACGUUGUUGUCGAACCUCUCGACUGGGAACUCGCCAAUCAUCCCACAACGAAACCCUCCGCACAACGCAUCAACCAUCACAACACCUCCCAUUCCUCCGACGAACAACAUCUACACGUAGACGCAGACCCAAAGUACACCCUCGUUCUCGCCAUAGACUGCAUAUACCACCCGUCGCUGCUCCCUGCGCUCGUGGAUACACUGUGCGCAGCGACGCCGCCCGGCGCAUGGGCGCUCGUCCUCGCGGAGCUGCGAGCCGAAGACGUCCUACGUGAGUUUCUCGCGCGCUGGCUCGAUGGCGAAUGCGAUGGAUGGAAGAUAUGGGCCCUACGUGGAGUCGUCGGAGUGCACUACGCCUUGUGGGUUGGGCUAAGAACGAUGCGGGCCUAG